GUCAAGCAACAGCCAAUCCGCGCCUCCAAGGCUCCCCAUUGGCCCUUUCGGGGCUCCGCCCCGCGCUCCGACCCGGCGUGCAAGUGGGUGCUCGCAGCAAAAGACCGGCAGGCUGCGGCUCUGGGUCCAGGUGGCAGGUGGCGUGCUGCCUGGUUGAGGCGGAGGAGGAUGAAUGGGCCGACAGGAGCUCCGUACUUUGACAGCCGGGAGCGGGUGCUGAAGUUGGGAGAGAGUUUCGAGAAGCAUCCGCGCAGCGCCUUCCACACCGUGCGUUAUGACUUUAAACCUGCAUCUAUUGACACCUCUUGUGAAGGAGAUCUUGAAGUUGGCAAAGGUGAACAGGUGACAAUAACACUGCCAAAUAUAGAGGGUUCAACACCACCAGUAUCUGUUUUCAAAGGCUCAAAGAAACCUUACCUAAAAGAAUGUAUUUUGAUUAUUAACCAUGAUACUGGAGAAUGUCGGUUAGAAAAACUGAGCAGCAACAUCACUGUAAAGAAAACAAGAGCUGAAGGAAGCAGUAAAAUUCAGUCUCGACUCGAACAACAGCAACAGCAAAUGAGAAAUGCAGUUAAAACAUCAAACAGUGUAAAACAUUCUCCACCAAAAGAAAAAAUGUCGCCAGAAUCUCCUAUGGAUGAUAUUGAGAGAGAACUAAAGGCAGAAGCCAGUAUAAUGGACCAGAUGACUAGUUCUGAUAGCUCUUCAGAAUCCCAGAGUUCUUCAUCUUCUAGUAGUGAAGACAGUUCCAGUGACUCAGAAGAUGAAGGGUGCAAACUCUCUCAUUCUAGCUCAGUAAAACAUGCAUCAGGCCAUCAAACCUCAUCUGCUGAACAACAAAAAUGGAUUCCUGAUAUGGAGACCAUGCAUAACAGAUCUCAGGAUGGCAGUGGCCUUUUGAUGAAUACGUUAAGAAAUGAUUUGCAGCUGAGUGAAUCAGGAAGUGACAGUGAUGAGUGAAAAAACUAUGGGCUUCAACGUAAAUAUUUUUAAAAUGUUAGAAUAUGAGAGAAUUUGUUUUGCACUGAGAAUAAAAUUUCUCAAGCCUGAGAACUGUCUCAAUUUUCAUGAUAAUGGAAAUGUAAUUUGAUUCUUAAUUUUCUGCUAAUGUUAUAUGGAAACAACACAGCUUUAAUGUAUUUGGUGUUUUUGUUUUUUAAAGGACUAGAUUCAAAGUAAAAUAUGAUAAUUAUUGAUUAUAUUUUGUAUUUGCCAUCUGCUAUUCUUGAAAAUUGGUAAUAACUAAAUAGAUGUAUGUAAAUUUAAGGUGAAACAAAGUACAAGAAUCAGAGAAAAUAAUUUGUUCAUUCCUCUUACAGAUUCAACAUCAAUUCCUUAUUUGAUUUUUGAGAUGAAAAAUAAACAGCUUAAUGCCAAAAA